CAACGACACAGUUCACCAAGAUGACGACGAUGAAAAAGAUCUUUGACGAUUACAAUCGUCGCCAAACAUCUUUGGAACUGACAUACAGUUCCAACCCUUACGCUCGAGGCAUAGCAUAUACCCGAGGCGAUAUCGUACCUCUCGCUGAAGCCAAAGUGCCAUUGAUGGACCAAGGCUUCCUCCACUCAGACCUAACCUACGACGUGCCCUCAGUCUGGGACGGACGUUUCUUCCGCCUCGACGACCACCUCGACCGCAUGACAAUGUCCUGCAAGAAGAUGCGCUUCCGCUUCCCCAUCCCUCGGGAGCAAGUCAAAAAAGUCCUGUUGGACAUGCUCAAACUCUCAGGCAUCAAGGACGCAUUCGUAGAACUCAUCAUCACUCGAGGCAUCCAACGAAUCUCCACCUCCGGUCCCAAACCCGAAGCCAUCCCCAAUCACCUCUACAUCUGGAUCUGUCCUUACAUCUGGGUCAUGUCUCCCCACAUGCAACUCUCAGGCACGGGCUCGGCGAUCAUUGCUCGAACGGUGCGUCGCAUCCCACCCGGAGCUUUCGACCCUACGGUCAAAAACCUUCAAUGGGGAGACUUUACGCGAGGGAUCAUGGAGGCCGGCGAUCGCGGGGCCGACUACCCGUUGUUGACCGACGGAGACGGAAACCUGACCGAAGGCUCCGGCUUCAACAUCUGUGUCAUCAAGGACGGCACGCUGUACACGCCUGACCGCGGCGUUCUGGAAGGCGUCACGAGGAAAUCUGUGUUUGAUGUGUGUGCGCAAGAGGGGAUUCCGGUGCGGAUGGAGGUCGUGCCGACGGAGCUUGCGUACCAGGCCGAUGAGAUUUUCACGGUUACGACUGCGGGUGGUGUGAUGCCGGUCACGAAGCUGGAUGGGAGUUCGGUUGGGGAUGGCAGGGUGGGGCGUUUGACGAAGAGGAUUUGGGAUGGGUAUUGGGCUAUGCAUUGGGAUGAUCGGUUUAGUUUUGUGGUCGAGUAUGGGGAGAAGAGUCGUCUGUGACGAGUGGGAAGUUUGGAAGGGAGGGGGUGGGAGGACUGGCUCGUGCAUUUUACUUGCAGUUGAUGAUUUAUGAAUUUCGGUCUUGGUCACGACACUUUGUCUG